AGGUGAAACAUGUUCCUGUAUCAUCCGUGAAUAUAAUCUAGGAAUAGUGUGGAAGUGUGACUUUUACUCAUUGUGGUUAUGUUCACUUAGGGAUGUGGGAAAAAUCACCGGUUGCUAACUGUAGAGUAGAGUAGAGUUUAUAUACAUGCCAUAGAUCCUUCUUAGGACUCAACCAAAGGAUGUAGAACAUGUCAUGUAAUAUACCAUACAUGUAUCAGGCAUAUUCUGAGGAACAGAGCUCCAUUUCAGAAAAGAACCUUGUUAUUUUAAACAAUAUUAAAUAUUUGCAGUCUAUUGUGAAUCCUUAUAUCAAACUUUCUUUUUCGGAAGAAUAUGAAGUCACAGAAGGGUUUCCUUUGAGUAAGCCAAAUCUUUGCAAAAAGUGGGUUCAUGCAAUUUGUCAACCAGACUUCCAGCCCUUACCGCAUCAUUUACUUUGUUCAGAUCAUUUUGAAGAAAGCUGCUUUUUGCCGGGAUAUGUUAAUAGGAGACAGUUAAAGAAAAAUGCAAUACCUACUUUGUUUUUUUGUCCUGAAAAGAAAUCACAGCAGUGUUCAUUAAACCCAGAAGAAGAAGAACUGGUGUUUGUAUCCAGUAUGAGAAAAAAGAAUAUGGUUCUGUCACAGUGGGAUGAAGAAGUUGCAGGUUCGUUGGAUGAGCAUUCUGAUGUGGAGGAACAAACAAAGAUGUGCACUGAUCUGCUGUGUCGUGUGUGCGCGUGUGCAAGCGAGGAGUUGGUCUCAUUGUUUGGGAAGGAGAGUGCAGAAUUGCAACUGCUUGAAAAAAUUCACAUUCAUCUACCCAUUAUGGUGACUCCAGAAGAUUUGCUGCCAGUGACUCUGUGCACAUCUUGUAUUUAUAAACUUGAAUUAUGCCAUGAAUUUGUUAAUGGAUGCUUGGAUGCAGAUGCAAAGUUGAGAACAAUUCUUGGCUUGAAAGUGGAUCACAGUAUAUUUUACAGUGAUGACCAUAUUGUUGAGUAUCAGUUAGGAAUGGCUAAGGAACCUUCUACAGGAAUAAUAAAAGAAGAAGUUAAUGCAAACAUUUUUGAAGAUUCUGCAGAUCAGGUAUUUUCAGAUUGUAUGCUAGAGUCAAUGAAAUCAGAAGACCGUAAACCUGAUUGUGCAGAAGAUAAUAAUAUUCCAUUAUCUGCAGCUGAACAUAAUACUCAAGUAGAUGUAAGAAGUGUGAGUGGCAUUGAAUGUGAAGCUAUUGAUAAGCCUCAUCAUGCAAAGUACACAAAAAUUGCAGCCACUGUAACUGAAUGGAAUACGGAAGUAGACGAAGAAGGUGUGAAUGUAAUAGAACAUGAAACUGGUGACUUUGAUCAUCAUUCUUAUCAGCUACAGAAUACUGAAGUACAAGAAGGCUCAUUCAAUCAACAAAUACAUGAUUCUCUAAACGAUGUGGAUUCUGCAGCAAUUUCUGUGAAACAAAGAAGUGGUGGGCCUGUAAAAAUGUUAAGAAUGAAAACAAAGAAACCAGUAUACAAAAUAGUUGUUAUGAAAGUGAAAGAUGCAAAGUUGAGGAAGGCUUUAGAUGUUAUGAUGAAUGCAAGGAAGACAGAUCUUGCGUCUAACAAGAAACAAUUUAUUUCACAACAAACACUCAAACACGAACAGUCAGCUAGUUCAGAAUCAUCUAGACCAGAACACCCUGCACUUUCCACAGGAGAUGCAACAUCUGAGGCAGUGGAACAGCAGAAACCUGCAAAUACACGUGCAGACCAUUGCUGUACACAGAUGGAGCAAUCUUUGCAUUGUGUGUAUUGCGGGACAACUGCUGCCAGUAAAGAUGAUAUCAUUUCACAUCAGAUAACUUCUCAUCGUAAUAAAAUAUUCCAUUGUGAACAGUGCGGUGCUGUAUGUUACUCCAAGGAAUUAUUUGAUGAGCAUCAGGAAUGUCAUUUGGAAGAAUCGAAGCAUAACGUAAUUGUCAGAAGGGACUUUCAUGCUGAUCACAACCUCGAGUUACAACCUUCUGUUUGUUUGGAAGAAACUCAGCCAUCUGUAUCAAAUAAUAGCAAACUUACUGGUUAUGGUGCUGGAAACAUGGACAAAAGAGAGGAAUUGGGGGCAUGCAAUCCACAUCCAUUAGACAAUAAACCUGAUGGUGUAUUGCCAGUACUAAAAAGCCUAGAAACUGAGAAUUAUAAACCAAAAAUUUGUGAAACCAUUAAUAAAAUUAUUGGAAAGAAUGGCAAUCGUACCGAAGUUGGAGCAAGUACAUCUGAAAACAUGAGAAAGAAAGCUCAAAAGAAACUGGAAGAUUAUAAAUCAGUGAAGUCAAAAUUUAGGGUAGAGAAAAAAGUAAAGAAAUAUAAAACUUGGAAAUGUAGUCAUUGUAACCAUGUUUCCACUUCACAGAAGAAGUAUAGAGAACAUUGUCGAGUUCAUCCUCAAGUUAAGUUCUCCUGUUUCUGUUGUGAUAAGCAGUUCCAGUCACAGAAAAGUCUUGAUCACCAUAUCUAUAUACAUCACUCUGAUGCAAAGUAUUUUAUUUGUGAGCAUUGUGGAAUGUACUUCCAUUUAUGGCGUUCUCUUAGAGACCAUUUAUUUAUUCAUGAAAAAGCCAAAAGCUUAUUUCAUUGUGACAUAUGUGGAAGAAAAUUUGGGUCAAGAGCAAGUUAUGAUAAUCAUUGUUCUAGCCACAGUGAAGCUGCAUUCCUCUGUGAUGUAUGUGGGAAGAGCAUGAAGAACUUCACAAGUCUGCGAUUGCACAAACUGUCUCAUGUUUAUCCUGGUAAUGUGCUCCAACAUUCUUGCAUAAUAUGUGCAAAGACGUUUCGAAGCAGGUAUUUUCUUGCUGAUCACAUGCAGCAGCACAAAAAUAAUUGUCCUUAUGAAUGUACACAGUGUGGAAGAAGAUUUCGUAUGAGAAGGCAACUAUCAAAUCACAAGUUAAUCCAUGUUAAUGCUGGUCAGUAUAAAUGCCCUGUUUGUGGAAAAGGGUUUAACCGUCAGCAGUACAUGAGAGUGCAUAUUAGAACUCAUCAACGAUCAUUAAAAUACACUUGCAAAAUAUGUAAGUGUCCAUUUCUUGGUGUGGGAGAACUCCUCAUGCACCGUAGAACUCAUACGCAGGAGGAAAUUGAGGAAGCAUCUAAACAGCAAGUUCUACAAGGAAGAGAUCCAUUAGCAUUCAUGUGCCAGAUAUGUGGAAAACAGCUAGCAAGCAAGUUUACUCUUAAGAACCAUGUGAUGUUGCAUGCAGAUGACAAACCUUUCAUUUGUGAGAUUUGUGGAAAGAGUUUCACUAUGAAGUCAACUCUGCAGACACAUCAACGUGUGCAUACUGGAGAGAAGCCCUAUUCAUGUCAAUAUUGUGGUGAGGCAUUUCAGUCCAAACAGAUUCUCAUUAUCCAUGAACGUAUACACACGGGGGAAACACCUUUCAAGUGUACUCAGUGUGAUAAGGCAUAUCGUUCGAGACACAGCCUCAGGCAGCAUCUCCUGUUUCAUACAGACUAUCGGCCAUAUGAGUGCCCCCAGUGCGGUAAUAGAUUUAGACGUCAGGAUAUACUGUGCACUCACAUGCGCACACACACUGGAGAACGCCCCUACGCUUGCAAAGUUUGUGGCCGUGGCUUCAAACAAAGAGGGGACUGUAACAAGCACCAGCAAAGACAUAUGUUAUAAUUAGAAAUACAUUAAAUCUGUGCUCUGUAGAUUCCUGUUUUGAUUCUGUCAGACUGAACUUGAACUAUUGGAAUUAGAGAAACAGUUGCAUUUACACUAGGUUAGAUGUUGCAGUUAAGAACUCAAUACAAAUUAUCAGAUAUAUUGAAUAAGGUUCAAUUGUAAGACAAAAUGUAGAGCAAAGAUAAAAUUUCUUUGGUGAAGAAGAUAUAUAGGAAGUAUACACAAAACUACAAUUUUACCUCUUAUUUUGAUUGGUCGUGAAACUUGGUCUUGCACCUUAAAUUAAGAAUAUAGAUUGAGGGCAGAAUUCUGUUGGAGAGUAUUUUGAACUAAGAGCGAGGAUGUAACAAGAAAAUGGAUGCUAUAUAAUGAAGAGAUUCAUAAUUGUACUCUUCAUUAAAUAUUAAUAGGGUGAAGUAAGGAGCAUGUAUGAAAGAGAUGGUAAAUACAUACAAAAAUUGAUUUGCGAACCUGAACAUAAGUCACUUGGAAGACCUCGUAGAUGGGAAGACAACCACAACAGAUAUUCAAGAAAUAGUGUAUCCUCAUAUCUGGACUCUUAACCAGCUGAGUGACUGUCAGCUCCUCAAGGACUUUUUCACUGUGUGAUUAGUCAAGUAGAUCAAAAUGUUAGUUAAAAGCUUAAUGUGACAACAAACAUAUUGUAUGAUCUAAAGUUUUCAUGGCAACGAAGUGUAAUGAACUCAUUAAACAAACAUGUUCAACUAUUAAUAUAGACUGUUGUUAUGUUAUGAUGGGGUGAGCCUAUGUCUCGAAACUGUGGCCACUAAUGGGCACAUUGUCCAUCCCUAAAAUAAAACAUAAAUGAAUUUGGAA